AUGGGGGCAAUUCCAGAUCUCAUGUUGAAUAUGAAUCUUAACCUUGAGGAAACCACUGGCGAACGCAGGGGCUUCGUUCACUACUACACUGUUGUGUUUCUAUGGAUUAUCGCUUCAUUUAGUUUUGGCAAUGGGUAUGGUCAAAAUGGUACUCUUAGUGUGCUUGAUUUUGGUGCUCAUGGCGAUGGCGUAGCAGAUGAUACUCAAGCUUUCAUCAAUGCAUGGAAUAAGCUUUGCUCUACCAGCCAACUCCUAAAAAUCCCUGCAGGGAAGACCUUUGUAGUCAAACCUUUUGAACUUUUAGGUCCUUGCAAAUUCAGUAGUGUCAUACUUCAGAUUGAUGGGAAUAUUGUUGCUCCAUCCACUCGUAAAGGAUGGGGCGAUGUGUGCAAAUUGGGAUGUUGGCUAUGCUUCCGAAACGUGAAGGGUCUCAUCAUCAAGGGGGGAGGACUUAUAAAUGGCAAGGGUGCAAUUUGGUGGAGCCAAAAAACCCAAUUCAUAAAUGCUUUACACUUCAUCAAAUGCGAUCAACUUCAAUUAUCCGGAUUUACAUCUCGUGACAGCCCUAAAAUUCAUAUAUUUAUAUACAACUGUCAUGGUGUACGUAUAUCAAACAUUCAUGUGAAUGCACCAGAAAACAGCCCGAAUACUGAUGGCAUCGACAUCUCUUUAUCAAGCCAAGUAACCAUACAAGAUUCGGUCAUCAGAACAGGUGAUGACUGUGUUGCAAUUAAGGGAGGCUCCUCUUUUGUAAACGUAACUCAUGUGACUUGCGGACCAGGUCAUGGUUUCAGCCUGGGCAGUUUAGGACAAGAUCCAACUACUGAGGACAAAGUCGAGCAUAUAUACUUUCAGAAUUGUAAUUGUGAAAGAACUAUGAACUGCGCAAGAAUUAAAACAUAUAUGGGAGGAGUCGGGUAUGCCAGGGAAAUUUUCUUCAAAGGAAUGACCCUUGUACAAUCAAGAAAUCCUAUUCUGAUUGACCAACACUAUGUAGCUGUUGCAGCUAAUUUCCCAGCUAAGAAUGGAGGGGUGAAAGUUAGUGAGGUAGAAUUCAUUGGCUUCACCGGAACUUCAUCGAGUGAGGAAGCAAUAACAUUGGAUUGCUCCGACUUGGGUUGCUCCAAUAUUUUGAUGGAUCAUGUCAUCCUAACUUCUGCAACCGGAAAGCCACUUAGGUCUGUAUGCCGCAAGGCCACUGGAAGAGCUACGUUUACUAAGCCUCUUGUUCCUUGUUUGUCGGGGAAGCAAUCCUUGUCACCGACCAUUGCACCGAUCUCUGUCGACAUGCAUUAG